AUGGUUUGUGAAGGAAAGGGCGAGUUCUUCGGAGCUUCCAAAGGUGCCGGGAGCUUCGGGAGGUGCUGGAGCCUCCCCGGCCGCUCCGUCCCGCCGCGGCUCUUCCUGCAGGCCAGGGAACAGAUCUCCCGCGGGAGCUUCGCGCGUGCCCGGGAGCCUCCUCCUAUUAAAAAGCAGCAACAAGAUGUGUUAGGUUUCUUGGAAGCCAACAAAAUCGAAUUUGAGGAAAAAGAUAUCGCGGCCAACGAGGAGAACCGGAAAUGGAUGCGGGAGAACGUGCCUGAAGACAGUCGGCCGGCGAGCGGCAACCCCCUGCCGCCCCGGCUGUUCAACGACAGCCGCUACCUCGGGGAUUAUGAAGCUUUCUUCGAAGCCCGAGAGAACAACGCAGUGUAUGCAUUUUUAGGCUUGACUGCACCGCCAGGUUCAAAGGAAGCCGAAGCACUGGCAAAGCAGCAAGCAUGAAUUCCAACUGCCUUAAAUGCUCUGUAAAGGGAAUUUCCACAGCUUUUUAUAAAAUAGUAGAAUUGUCUCUGCUUCAAGAAAAAUAGAUGUGAUUUCUAACAUUUGAUUGGUGCUUGCAGCAUUCACAGAACAUUAAUACAGAUUUGAACACAAAGUCAAAAUGUGAACAUAAAGGUAGAAAGCACAGAGUGUGUUAUUACAAAGUUGGAGGCAUAGGAAAUUGGAGCAAUUAGACAUGAUUGAUUUUUCAGAUAAACUGUCUUGGCAAUUUGUCCAUUUUGUGUAAACUUAAAGAAACUAUUUUAGUACUAUAAAUGCAGAUAUGGUUAUACCUAGAUAUCCAACUAUUUAAAAAUA